AUGCCUCGAACCCGAUCUGCUGCUCCAGCCGAGCAGCCAAAGUCUACAGAACAAAAGACUUUAAUUGCCGCUGAGAAACCUACCAAAACAUUCAUCCUGCCUGCGUCCACCAGUGCCGACGCGCGCUUGGUCUCCCUUCCAAAUCCGCAAUCGACCGAGCUAAACCGUUAUUUCUUUUGCCCUGAACGUGGUCUUUUUGAAUUCACAGUAGUCGCUGCACCUUCUCACCAGCCUCGAAGUAUUCUAUUUACUCCUUGUGCGCGGGAGCCGAUUUCUGUGUCCGAUACUGAGAAGCCCAGUCCCUCUACUGGGUCAAUUUCCAAGAAAGCAGACCUCCUCGUCGCAACACCCAUUGACCCAGUCUUCUUCUUGGUCCCUCUUCUUUCUCCUUGCUCAAAGUCAGGCCAAUCACUUUAUCAGCCUCUGGACGAUAUCAUUGAUUCCAACGAUGACCUCCCUCCCCACUUGCGCCAUGUUCUCUACGACGACAAGUUCCGCAACACCCUGCUCGCGCGCGCAGAGGCCAUCUGCGAUACCGUGGAGGCUGGCGACGAGAAGAUGCUCCGGUUCAACGAGACAAAACUUCUCAAGGAGUUGAUUGCUAAGGCUGAACGGAUGGCAACACAAGGCCUGCCUCUAAGUUUAGAAGAGCGGUUCAUUCGCCAGGCAUUGGCUGCUCCACUGAUGUCGGUCAAGAGAGACGACGUUGUUACUAGUCAUACCCCAAAUGCGAAAGAAAUUGAUGGCGAAACAAGCACCAAUUCAGAUGAAAGACAAGACUCCCCAUCAACAAUGACAACCACUACCACCCCAUCGGUGUCUACGCCAGCGGGCGAGUCGACGCCUGUGCCUCAGCCUGCUGGUGAAGAGAGCUCAUUUGCGGAGAAUGUUGCUCGCCUGCUACGCAUCUCUACUGCCCUAGCAUUCAUGAAAGAAUCGUACCUGCCGAAAGCUCUGCGCACUCGUAUCGACGAGCUUCUCGCUGCCCCCGAAAGCCCAUUGGAUUUCAAGCCUUUGACGGACCGUCUCAAGGAGCUUGUUGAACUCCGUGCUGAAGCUCACUCGUCUCGAACAAUGUCUGACUUCAGUCGGAAACGUGGUCUCGAUGACGAGGAAGUCGAGGCUCGCGCGGAGAAGAAGCGCAAGAAGGAUGAAGAAGACAAGAAGGCUAAGGCUUCGGAGUCUCGGGGCGUUCGUGAUUUGAAGAAGGUGAAUACUACUGGCAUGAAGAAAAUGAGUGACUUCUUCGGAAAGGCUGCAGCGAAAAAAACAUGA